UAGUAAUAACGACAUGGGUUGCAUCUCCUCGUGCAUUAAGAAAAAGCGAAACAAAGUUGGCGUGGAGCCGCAGAAAAAGAGAAGGACCUCAUCCCUCUCUUUGAUUUCACCUGACCAUUGUGAAAGAAAUGCCUCCACUACCUCCGUCCAACUCUCUUCCCCCCAUCCACCUCCAUCCCCUGUUAAAUGUUCCACUCAGUCUGGUGCUGAACACCCCUCUCUCCCCGCGGGGUCACCUCCCAGGAACACUACCCCAGUAAAUGCCUCUACAGUGGUCUCCCAACCUGGUUGUCUCACUCCUCCAAACCCACUGGACCGUCAUGGAGAGACCAGGCCUGAGGAAACAACAGUCAUCACCACUGAGGCCAGAGAGACACUGGCAGCGCCGACAGAACUGCCGAAGACACCUAGUGUGGCCGCCGUCCCUGUGCCGUCAAUGAGUCCCAGAUGUGCAACAGUCUCCUCAGAAAGUCCACUGCUUCUUCUACGCUACUUUAGCCCAAAGCCGCAGGGCCCAGUCACAGCCACUAAGGGCCAGAUUCUCUCCAGGACCCGCUCAAACACACAGCUGAAUCUGGGGAAUAAGAUCCGGAGCGACAGAGGAGAAUCCAGGGACCUCAUCGACCUGGAACUGCUUGGGUUGCCCAACAUUGGCAACUCCUGCUUCCUCAAUGCGACGCUGCAGUGCCUUCUGUUCCUACCGCUGUUCUUCAAGGAAAUCCUCCGCCAGGAAAAUCUCUGGAGAUUGUCCCCGACUUCUAACCUGCUCAGUUGUCUGUCAGAGGUGCAUCAGUCUUGUCAACCUGGCAGUGGCACCAACCAGGCCUCAAAAUGGGAAAUCCUAAGAAAGGUUAAGUACUCGUUGCUUGAACAGGAUAUGAAGUACAUGGAGGACAGUCAGCAGGACGCACACGAGUUACUUCUCAACAUGCUGUGCCAACUGACGGCGGAGGGCAGGAUCCUGGCAGAGCUCAGCGUGGGCUACAUAUGCCCUGUUUCACAGCUGGAGUUCAUGACAGCAUCAGGUGUCACCUGUAACAGCUGCGGGAGGAAGUCGUCCACCAAGCAGGAGUACAACCACCUCUCCCUGGACAUCAGCCCUGAACGUACCCUGCAGGGCAGCCUGGCACUUUAUUUCAAGAAAUACAUGGUGGACUUCAGAUGUCAUGUCUGCAAAGGCCUCCAGGCCUCAAAGAUGGAGCAGUUUCAAACCCUGCCUCGUGUGCUGGUCCUGCACUUGAAGAGGUUUGGGGGAUAUUCAGGUCUGGAGAAACUGGAGACGCCUAUUUCGAUUCCUCCAAACCUGAGACUCUCUGAGCUCUGUGGGGACACGGUGCCUCCCCUGCACAAUAUCAUCCCAGAGGAUGCGACUGAUCACACCAUCAGCCUUCCUGGACAGGACAGAGACAGCAUCCCCUUCUGUUCAGAUUCAAAUGACCAAGGACCAGGGAAAGUGUGGCAAAAGUUCUCAGUGGAGGAGCCUGUGAAGACUUCCAGUGACUAUCAGCUGACUGGCAUAGUCUCCCAUUUAGGAGGCAGCAUGAUGUCUGGCCACUACGUUAGUGAUGUCCUGGGAGCCAGUGGACAAUGGCUCUGUUGUAACGACAGCCAGGUGUCGGUGUCCUGUGAAGCCUCUGUGCUGAGGUCCAGAGCCCGGAGUUCAUACCUGCUCUUCUACACGUACAGGACAGGGAAGCAGAAGGCCCCAUCUUACAGGGCCUAACAGGUCCCACCAUCAAGUUUCUACCCAUCAAGGCCCAACUUUAACGAAACGCUCAGUGGAUCCUCUCACUACUCUCCCAUUGAGCUCCACUACUGUGGAAUGAUCUGCCGAUAAAGAAGGACAUGAGGUGUUGGACCACACCUCAGAAUUACCAGGCUGAAAAGACUUGUAGCUGUCUCUGUCCAAAGACCUGGUUGUGUUGCAGAUGACUUAAGCCUGAUGAUUCCAGCUGCCACUCCACUGAUCACCAAACCCCCUGGAUAGACUCUGGACACUGCCCACAUGCAUUCAUUAAUUACUACAAAUUUUAAUAUGUUCACCCGGCACAGCCAGAAGA